GCUGUGAGAAUGUGUGUGCAGCGUAGUGACUGUUUGCCAUGUGCCAAGCUUGGUGUCAUCUAUGCAAGUUCUGUUGAAGUAGCUAUAUGAAUAUUAGUUGGUAUAAUAUUACAUUUUUAAUCGCCUUUUGCAUUUUUAUAAGACGAACCUGCUAAAUAUUCAAGUGCACAUCUUCAUUCUUGGAUAUGGCGUCUACACAGAGAUUGUGAUUUUGGAUGACGUCGAAAACUUCUCCCGAGUUCGGUGUCAACUUCGUCUCACUGCCGGACGAAAACUAUCUUGACAUUUUAGUGAGACAAGCGAAAGCCACUUCACCGAACUUUUGUAUUAUUGGAGUAAAAUAAUGCAAAAAAUUUCGUGUGUAAACAACAUACCUGCCAUUUAUGUUCCCUAAAAUUUCCUCCUGAAGUGCGGAAGAUUUUCGAAAACCAAUAUCGAUUCCGUUUGGCAGCUGUGAUUGUGAGAAAUAAUGACCCUUAUUAUCAAGUUAUUUUUUGCAAUUUACAACGCAUUUCGUUUGAAAUAAGUCAUUAAAUAUUGGACGCCGGUAUCCUACUGAUCAAUAAAUCGCUAUCAUCAGAACAACACAACAGCUCCCGGCAUGUCUGUACGCCAGAGAAGAGUUAGUUAUGGCGACGCUGUGUAUGAGAACCGUUCCCUGCACAUCGUCGUUAUGGUUGGGUUGCCAGCGAGAGGCAAGACCUACAUGGCCAAGAAGCUGACCCGUUACCUCAACUGGGUAGGAAUUAAAACUAAAGUGUUUAACAACGGGGACUACGUACGCAAGAUUACACGUCAAUGCAGCGAUCACAACUUCUUCAGACCAGAGAACGAGGAGGCCUCGAUGCUCAGGAAGAAGUGUUCAGUGGACGCCAUCACUGACAUCGUCAGGUGGCUGCAAGAGGAGCAUGGCAGAGUGGCGGUCUUCGACGCGACCAACACCACCAGGGACAGACGUAGGAUGAUUCACCAAAUUGUGGAGAAACAACUCACUUGUAAACUCUUCUUUAUUGAGAGUAUCUGUGACGACGCUCAACUUGUUGAAGCCAACAUCAAGGAAGUGAAGGUAAAUGGUCCAGACUACAAAGGAGUUAAGCCAGAAAAAGCUCUGGCUGAUUUCCUGCAGAGAAUCGAACACUACAAGCGCAUUUACGAGCCCCUGGACGAAGAGAAAGAGAAAUAUCUCUCAUAUAUGAAGAUAUACAAUACAGGAGAGAAGGUGCUGGUGCACAAGCACAAGGGACAUGUACAAGCCAAGAUCGUGUACUACCUCAUGCACAUACACAUCAGCAAACGCAGCAUCUACUUCUCCAGACUGAAGGUCUGGACGUCCUGGAUGCAGCGCACCAUCCAGACGUGCCGCGAUAUCAACGCCCCCACGGAGCGCUGGAAGGCGCUCAAUGAGAUCGAUGCGGUCAGUUCUGUUAUUAAUGUUUAUCAUAUGUCGCUUUUUCGGUACCGACGCGGCGAGUCGUACGAAGACCUGGUCGCGCGGCUGGAGCCUGUCAUCAUGGAGCUGGAGCGCGAGAGUAACGUGCUGGUGGUGGCACACCAGGCCGUGUUGCGCUGUCUCCUGGCUUACUUUAGGGAUAUUGCGACGGAUGAACUACCGUAUAUUGAGGUACCCCUGCACACGGUCAUCAAGCUCACGCCUGCCGCGUACGGCUGUGACAUCGAAUACGUCCACCUGGACGUACCGUCCGUCAACACGCACCGGGGCAAACCUCAGGUGCCAGGAGAUUUGAACACGGCGCCCCUGCCAAUCGUCAACGUGGAAAUACCGCAGACUUACCAGCCAACUUUCCGGCAGUCGCUCUGAAGCUUCAAUGAAAAAAUCAGACUUCAACCUACAAUAAAAAAAAUUCAAGAAAGUUUCAAGUGAUGUUCAAAGAAUUUCUUUGAAUAAUACUUUGUUCACUUAGUUAAACUCAGCUACUCUGCUCGAGCAGAGAGCGACCGAGCUCUAAUAGGCUUGUUGUCGGACCAAACUGGGUCAGAAUGAUUCACAUAAAAGCAAAAAGUUCAUUUCUAUUCGGACAAAGUAUCACUCAUUUUUCUGAGGGUAAUUUUCUAGGUUUGAAAAAUAUUGGUUGAACCUUCCUCUCCGUAAACUGACUGUGACAUAAAGGUCCUUCCUUUUUAUCAGACGUAGGAAAUUAUGGAGCCUAAUCUAACUCGCACAAGGGAAAUGAUUUACCAUUUAAAAAUUAUAUUCAAACAUAAGAAGUCGGUUUUUUCUGAUACUGGUUUGGUUUCAAAGAUUAUUUUAUCAAAACAGUACAAUCUAAGAGAAAUGUUCAGAGCGGGUAAAGCAUUUCCCUUUGCUGCUUGUGCUUAUGAAAUCCUUCGGGACUCGGUUACAUUUUCUUUACACUCUUACUCUGAAAUGUAUAUUGUCAUUGCCUUGAAGACUUAAUUCUAUAAAAUACCCUCGUGUAGUUAACUAAUCAGUACAUUUUUAAUUUCAAAUAAAACUGCAGAAUAAUUCAUUAAUUACAUUACGGCAGCAUAUAAAUCAUUACUGGCAAAGCAGAACUUCGGUAGGACCUGAAGCGGAUGACAUUCCAGUCAACGAAUGAGGAUCCGUUUGUAUGGUAAACAACUACUGACUUCAAAUAUGAUAGGUAAUUAUUUAAAACCAAUCAUGCAAUAAAUCAUAUUUCAUGACCUGUUCUGUACUUCAGUUAGGCCUAUUUUCCAUGAAAUAAUUUUAUCAAUACAUCAUCUCUGAAGAAGGGCAGAUGAUGGUUAUUUUCGCGCAAUAUGCAUAUAUUAUUUAUGAGGAGAUAAUUUAGUUUAAAGUUACCAGAGACUGACAGUGAUGACGGAUAUAUACGACUGGAAAUUUUGUAAGUUCAAUUCUACAUAAAUAUUACCGCUGACAAAAUCUAAUCAAAUUUACUUUAAUAUUAUUUUUUCAUGGUUAAGAUAUUCAAGAAUUCAAAGACGCACAAUAUAGAUUUAUUAAAUAUCAAUUUCUCUGUAUAUUAUGAAAUGUGGCACCAAUUGACACAUAUCGUGGAGUGAAUUGGAGUUAUUGGAGCGACUAGACAAUUUUUUCGAAAAUAUUUUUAACCAUUUUCUUUGCUGAGCUGAUCGGCAGGAGCGCUACAACAGAAAGCAAAAGAUGAAGUAUAUUAUAAAUCGGAUGUAUUGUAAUCGUAUUCAAUUUACUGUUAACUUCUAUAAUGAUAUUGUAUAAAGUCGUUAAUUGUAUUGUCACUGCCUUCUGUGCGGUAUUUGUUCGAAUUGUUUGAUAAACUAACUCUGUGGUGUUUGGAAUUAUAUUUUAGAUAAAUA